UGUUUGUUGAGACAUUGUAGGAGAACAGUUUUUCAUUUAGGGCAGAGAGAUACACAUAAAGAGCUUAUGUUCAAUGGAAUGACAGAGGUGAUUCAUUUAUCUGAGAGAAAGUGACAGCACAUACUCUUACUCUCUCAGGCACCGACUAGCUGACCCUGGGUGAUUCUCAUGUCUCCUCAAAGCGUUGAGGAACUUCAAGCAGCUGCUCUUCUCUGCUACGGAAAGCCUGGAGAAUAUCUAAACCGACUGUCUUUUCUAAUUCUUUUCUCUUUGGAAGGCAUCCUCUGUUCCCGGACAGCUCCGGGUUCCUUUGGGAUCCCACAUUAGAGGAUCUAUUUACAAAACAAGGACUUCUGUAAAGCUCAAAUUCUCUUGCAACCAAGAUUUUUUUGGAUCUAAUUCAAAGGCCACCGGUUCAUAUUUUCAUUUCCAUUGCACAGGACUUUGCACAUCCCACAGGUUAUUUGUCUUAUUCAAUCAAUUUUGAAGUCUUCAAGCGGAUUUUAGUGUGUUUAGGGAUUUCACAGCCAUAGAGUCUCCAAACACACAAAAUCUGAUUAAUUGGAGGCUUGGCAAAAGCAACCUCACUACACUAAAAUAUAGGACACAUAUCCACAAACAGCAGGAGAUUUACACACCGAAUAUACACAGAGAGCUCGGGAGAGGAGAGAGGGUGAGGGGGAUUCUAGAGCCAUCACAAGCUGUAAUGACUAACGGAGAGACAUUGUAAAUCUUCCUUAAAACGACUGCAGGAUACUGAAGCACUACUGCUGAGGAGGGGUGAAAUUAUCUGGAGCUCACACCACAAUUAGAGGUGUGUUGGUGUUACCAUGGAAGUCCCUGCACUGGUCUUAAUGGUUUUGCUCCUGGGGUGUGACCUCUUCCCCUUACUGGAAGGCAGCACUGGAGUUCAAGAGUUUGACAGCAGCGAUGAAAGCCCAGAGCCUGGUUUCCUUUCAGGUUCACGCACCCGCCGAGCCCCGGAAGUCCCUGAUCAGGACAAGUGCUCCUAUACUUUUAUUGUUCCCCAGCAGAAGGUCACAGGUGCUAUCUGCGUGAAUUCAAAAGAGCCUGAGGCUGUACUGGAAAACCGGGUAAAUAAACAGGAGCUGGAACUUGUUAACACUGAGCUCCACAAGCAGAAAAGGCAGAUUGAGACUCUACAGCAGCUUGUGGAAGUAGAUGGUGGCAUUGUCAAUGAGGUGAAACUCUUGCGCAAAGAAUCACGCAACAUGAACUCACGCGUGACACAGCUCUAUAUGCAGCUUCUCCAUGAGAUCAUUCGCAAGCGAGACAAUGCAUUGGAGCUUUCUCAACUAGAGAACAAGAUUUUGAACCAGACAUCAGAGUUGCUGCAACUUUCUAACCGCUACAAAGAUUUGGAACAUAAGUACCAGCAUUUGUCAUCGCUGGCAAACAAUCAGUCUGCUCUCAUUGCUUUACUUGAGGUACAAUGUCAGAAGGCGCCUCAAGUGGUGGCACCUAGACCACUGCCCCAACCCCAACCCCAGCCACAACCUCAACCCAAGCCUUCUACACCUAAUAACAAGCCAUACCAACCACCUGUGUAUAACCGCAACAACCAGAUGACCAAUGAGAUCCAGAGUGAUCAAAACCUUAAAGUGCCACCACCUCCAUUACCUACCAUGCCAGGUGGAACUCAUAGCCCUUCUACAACCAACAAGCCCUCUGGCCCCUGGAAAGACUGUUUGCAGGCCUUAGAAGACGGGCAUACCAACAGCGGCAUGUACCUAGUGAAGCCUGAAAACACCAACAAGCUGAUGCAGGUGUGGUGUGACCAAAAACAGGACCCUGGAGGCUGGACAGUUAUCCAGAGGCGCAUGGAUGGCUCAGUGAACUUUUUCAGGAACUGGGAGACAUACAAGCAAGGCUUUGGGAAUAUAGAUGGGGAGUACUGGCUGGGGCUCGAGAAUAUUUACUGGUUGACCAAUCAGGCCACUUUCAAGCUCCUCGUGACUCUGGAGGACUGGGCUGGGCGCAAAACAUUUGCCGAAUAUGCCAGCUUCAGGCUGGAACCUGAGGCCGACUUCUACAAACUACGAGUGGGACGUUAUCAUGGCAACGCCGGUGAUUCUCUAACCUGGCAUAAUGGCAAGCAGUUUACCACGCUGGACAGAGAUCAUGAUGCUUACACAGGUAACUGUGCUCACUAUCAGAAGGGAGGCUGGUGGUAUAACUCCUGCGCUCAUUCCAAUCUGAACGGUGUGUGGUAUCGAGGUGGACACUACCGUAGCCGCUACCAAGACGGAGUGUACUGGGCUGAAUUCAGAGGAGGAGCCUACUCCCUAAAGAAAGUGGUGAUGAUGAUCCGCCCCAAUCCCAACACUUUUCACUGAAUGGCAUAAAAUGUCUAAGGAACAGACUGAAAACUAACCCUCAACCUUCACACUAAUUCAAAUGUACCCUACAAAAAAAAAAAAGGGAGAUGUUUAUAUUUAUGGUAAAACUUUAGGUUGAUGAAGGGGCAACUCCCCAAACUGUAUGGCUUUCAUAUAUUUCACUUGUCUUUCCUAGUGGAACUUGUUAUAAUUCUGCCUUUGUUUAACUAAAAUGUUUAAACACCAUGUGUUCUUGUUUAGUACACAUUAUAAUUGGACAUCUGUUCAUAUGAAAUACGUUCAUUUAUUUUUGAGUUGUCAUGUUAAAUAUGUAAGAAAACAGCAAGGAAUUAGCUGUACUAGGCUUUUAGAAAAUAUGUGACAUAAGACACAGGAUGUACAAUCUAGUGAUACACAUUAUGCUCGUUCAUUAUAUAUAUAUAUAUAUAUAUAUAUAUAUAUAUAUAUAUAUAUAUAUAUAUAUAUAUAUAUAUGGAAUAUUAUCAAUUUCAUUGUUUGCAAAUCACUGGGCACUUGCUUGAAAAAGUAUGCAUAGAUGAUAUGCAAAUCCAGAAAAAAUUUAGCUGACGGUUCAAAAUUAGUAUAGCUAGUAGAAGACUGAUACCAGCAUGAGUCUGCUGAAAACUGUCUGAAUCUGAAUUGUUGAAAAUUUGAAAUUGCUGAAAAUGUUAUGUCCGUAUAUACUGUAUGUUCAAUUAAUGCCACAGUCUUGUUGUAUAUAUUGCUGUUAGCAAUCAAAAAUGCCAAAGAAAUAAAAAGCCAAAGAGAAAAAAAAUAUGACUUCCAGUGCUACCUAUAAAAGUGAGAUUUAAUAUCCACAAGUUCUUCUAAAUUACAAAGGCUACAUAACAACAGACAGGCAAAGCGUUCUGGUGCUAUCGAAAAUAAAGAGUUCCUAUAAGACAUUUAUGUGGUACUUAUUUAUAGUUUUUUUUUUAAGUUUUAAAGACAAAUUAAAAACAAAAUAUUGCAACAAUUAUGGUACAUUUAUUUUGUAGUUUUUUUUGUAUUAAUGCUGUUGAAAUUCAGUAUUCAAUAAUAUGAAUAAUAUGAAUUGUUUAAGAAAUCUGUAUUAGAAAUGAAAGGUUUUGGCCAAGUUCCUGGUCAUAUACUGUAGCUUCAUAUACAGUGAGGUUUGUACUAAGUUACUAUCAAGUAGAUGUAUUCUUUCUGUUUAUUUUACAUUUUACUACAUGUCCAGGUUUUCUUCUGAAUAAUCAGAAAAUUGUACAUAAUGUACAAAUUUAAAUGUUGGAACCAAUUACACCCAGCAUAUUCCUGUAUAUAAUUUUGGAGAAAAAUGUUUAUACUUUGUGUGUAACAAAUAUACCUGCAUCACCAAAUAUUUGCAAUAAUAAACAAAAAUGUACAGCCUGUUGUACAGGUAUAUGAA